AUGGGCGCCAAGCAGAGCGGCCCGGCCGCGGCUAACGGCCGCACCCGCGCGUACUCGGGCUCGGAUCUACCUUCCAGCAGCAGUGGAGGGGCCAAUGGGACCGCGGGCGGCGGCGGGACGCGGGCUGCGGCCGCCGGGAGGUUUCCGGCUCAGGUGCCCGGCGCGCACCAGCCUAGCGCCUCGGGCGGCGCCGCGGCGGCCUCAGCGGCCCCGCGCAGCCGCUCUCUCGGAGGGGCCGUGGGGACUGUGGCGUCGGGGGCCCGCGCCGCGCAGUCCUCCUUCAGCAUCCCCAACAGCAGCAGCGGCCAGUACGGCUCUCAGGACUCGGUGCACAGCAGCCCGGAGGACGGCGGGAGCGGCGGCGGCGGCGGCGGCAGGGACCGGCCGGCGGGCGGGGGCCCGGGCGGGCCGCGCCUGGUCAUCGGCUCCUUACCAGCUCACCUCUCGCCGCACUUGUUUGGAGGAUUUAAGUGCCCUGUAUGCUCAAAAUUUGUACCCUCAGAUGAAAUGGAUUUACAUCUUGUGAUGUGUUUAACAAAGCCAAGAAUAACUUAUAAUGAGGAUGUCCUGAGUAAAGAUGCUGGGGAAUGUGCAAUAUGCCUGGAAGACUUGCAGCAGGGAGACACUAUAGCACGACUGCCUUGUCUGUGCAUCUACCAUAAAGGCUGCAUAGAUGAAUGGUUUGAAGUAAAUAGAUCUUGCCCUGAACACCCUUCAGAUUAAGCAUCAGCUUCCUGUUUUAUAGGUUUUCUUCUAAAGAUGCUUGAAAAACCAAGAGGAUAUGAGGAUCUGUCUCUGGAAAAA